AUGUCUGAAAAGUGGAAAAUACCCAGUUAUGAUGGGUCUCCUGAAAUGCUCCAAGCAUACAGGGAGGAAGUGUUACAGUACAUGAUGGCAGUAGAAGUACACAAAAGAUACCUUGUGGGACCAAGGUUGGUUCAAGAACUCACCGGAGUCGCCAGGACAUUGGUGAGGACGAAAACUCUCAAGGACCCUCAGUGGCUCAGUCAUGCCAGGGGCGCCUAUGAGUUGCUGAGGUUUCUGGAGGAUGAGUUAGAACGACCUAGCUUGCUAGAUGCCAACAAGCAUGUCACAGCCUUUUUCUACAACAUGGAGAGAAAGAAGGGAGAGUCAAUGACAGCAUGGGUAGCAAGACACAGCGAGAAGCUGUGGGAGGCCUCUAGGGCCAUUCAAAGGGUUCAACGAGAGCACGAGAAGCAGGGCAAGUCAGUUCCUGCACCUAGAUCUUCUCAGUGGGGUUCGGCCUGGGAAAGUCAAUCUCAGCGCUCUCAGCACAGUCAUCCCUUUGGGGAAGAUGGCCGGCUAGCAGAAGAUGAUGAUGAGGAGGGAGGAGGUCCUUACCACCAAAACCAAUACUGGACAUGGGGGCAAAGAUCAUGGGAUUGGUCUCAGUCUGGGGAUCAGUGGUCUUGGAAAUCUCCCGAAUACGACCCUCCACAUGAAUGGGAAUUUGAUGAAAGACCAUUCAUUCCAGAGUUCCUGGCGGGGUUCCUUCUCCUUCACCGCAGUGGUCUGGAACCAGCGGAGAAAUCCAACAUCCUCACUGCGAUCAAAGGGGAGUUCACCACUCAGGCCGUGGCAAAAGCUCUCCGGGAGCAAUGGAGCGAUGUGGACCUGACCAAGCAUGACAAACACCGGAUGGGAAGCGCCUUGGUCGCUCUUGAAGGCGACAUUGGCAAGGAUGAAGCAUACCACCUGGACUACACACAAGAGGAGAUAGCCAUGUUGGGGGAAGAAGAACAAGAGGCUUUUUGGACCUAUGAUCAAGAAGCUGAACAUGCCCUCGAGGCAAUCCGCCAACACAAGGCUACUCUGAAGGAAGCCAGAUGGAAGCAGCGACAAGUCAAGCUUGGCCGAAGCUUUUUCCCUCCGAAGCCUUUCCAAAAAUCCUCUGCUACCACAAGAGAUGGGAAGAAGUCAGUUCUCUGUUUCAAGUGUGGCGGACCUCACUUCCAACGAGACUGUCCGCUGAAAAACAAGGAAGCUCAAGUGACACAUGAAGAAGAGGCCGAGAUCGCAUUUACUGUCACUCCCGACCAGACAACGCAAGAAGAAAGUGCGCAGUUUGGGAACACUCAGGAAGGCAACUUCAACCUGGGAGCCUAUGGCAUCUUGGACUCAGGUGCAACAGCCUCAUUGGGAUCGGUUGAUGCGAUGGAAGCUUGGAGAGAGGCCAACCUUGCUGAGAGCGGGAAGGGCAAGAUGGUAGUUGAUCCUAGCCGCUGUCCCACCUUCAAGUUUGGGAAUGGCCAGAAAAAGGUCUGUCUCAGCACCGUACAGGUAGGUAUCGAUGUUGGAGACAAGAAGGGCAAUUUUGAAGUCCAUGUCCAUGACAGCCCUGGCCAACCCAUUUUAGUCUCUCGCCGAGCCUUGAAAUCUCUUGGUGCCAUUGUUGAUUUCAAAAAUAAUCAAAUUGUGUAUACCAAUGUGGAUCCUCACACAGUCGUCCCAUUGAAAGAGGCCAAUAACGGCCAUCUCCUGAUGCCCUUGGUCGGCAAUUUGCUGGAAGGGGGCACCAAACGCUCACCCUUCAGCAUGCCGGAACCCAAGAACAAGGCCGAGUGGGUGAAGCGCAUCCUGGACGAGGGCUACCAGGUUCCGACUUCAUGGACAGUGAUUCAGCUGCAAAGCUUCUGGGCAGAGAUCAAGAUGGAGAAAGGCGAAGAGGGAGUGAAAGGGAAUCAGUUGGGGGACACACUGAAGAUGAUGAGAAAGGCAGCUCGGAAGAAGUCCGACUUGGUGAACUUUAUGGCGGCACACAAUGUGACUGUGACAGACAACAUGACCAUCGCACAAAUGGUGGCACUGGGGGAGAAAACAAUUUAUGCAAAGUUCGAGCCCCACGAUCAAGAGCUUGUCGCUUUCGGCAAGUACGCCAAUCUCACCUAUCAGCAAGUGGCUUCCCAGCAUCCCUCAUACCUCCAGUGGAUCAAGACGACAGCUCUCGAGUCGGACAAUCCCCAUUGGAGACUCCUUCGUCUUCACCGGUGGGCCGAGAUGCAACAGGCCCAAAUGCAAGUCCUCCAGAGCGCCAAGAACUCCAAGAUCUCAACCAGAGGUGUGACUAUGCUGAAAGACACAGCCAGCGACACCAGCUUCAGCAUGAUCUCAGAAACACCAGAGCCCAACCAGGAAGCUCAGGAACUGGCUCGUCAAUGGGCUCUUCUAGAGCUCGAGAAGCAAAAGAUUCAGAAGCAGGCAGCGGAGGUGGAGGAGGCAGAGACACAACUCCGGAAAGCCACCGGGGAGUACAGCCACAAGAACCGCAAGGAGCUUCAGAAGAAGAUGCACUACCAGGAGACAGCAUAUCCAGUCGAGGCAGCCGACUCUGAUGCUGAGAUGCAAGAAGUUGGAGAAACUCCAGAGGAGAAACAAGAGAGAGAAGAGAUCCGGAAGAAGAUCCAACAGAUACACCAGAGUACAGGUCAUGGCAGUCUCAAGGUAUUGGUUGAGGCUUUGGAAAAACGUGGUAGCACCCCAAAGGUUUUGGAAGAAGCUCGAAAGUUCAGUGACAAGCACCACGUGAUGGUCAUCAUCGACGAGGGCAGUCGGUUUCGUAUGGCUCGAUGGGUUUCUACAGGGAAGGGUCAACCAACGACUUGGGUCAUGAUGAAGAAGGUUUUGGAAGAAAACUGGUUUAGUCUUUUUGGUUAUCCUCAAACUCUCCGAGUUGAUCCUGCCGGCCCCUGGAAAAACACAGAGGCGGAAGAGUACGCCCUGGAGAAAAAUUUUGAACUGGUUCCAAUUCCCGCAGAAGCCCACUACCAGAUUGGAAUCGUAGAGGGCGCUAUCAAAAGCUUAAAGGGGGUCUUGGACAAGUUGGCGGAAAGUUUCUCACAUUUAUCCAUGGAAGAGUUGGUCUCACGAGCAACAUGGACAAGUAACAACAUGGAUUCAGUGCGAGGGUUUACACCUAUUCAACGUAUUAUGGGAAAAGCUCCUGAUGAUGCUGGAAGGUUUUUCAAGAGUGACAAUCAAAUUCCCAUUUGCCGCGACAUGCUGCAGGAUGGUGGCUUCACCAACGAUGUGGAGAUGCGUCUGGAGGCGGAGAAAGCAUUUCUGGAAGAGCAAGCUCUUCGAAGGACAGAAAGGGCACUGAGAAUGGGAAGUGAUCAACGUCGACCAAAAGAACCUCGGGCAGACUAUUCCACUGAGGCUGGUGCCGAGCUCUUCUAUGCCAAGGUAAACCUCUUGAAGAAGAACUUUGGUGCCGACCUGUUCGAGAAAUUUCAGAAGCUUUGGGAGUUCCAGAAGCAACUCCAUUGA